AUGGCAUCACGAAGACCAAACCUCACGGGCUUCGACCCCCGCAAGUUUGCUGCGGCUGCGGGACAGCCGGCCAACGACCCUUGGGCACGAGCAGAAGCCUGGAGAUACACCGGUCCCUUCACGCGGGGCGCACGCUUUCGAGGCUCAUUCCCCGGUCUCGGCAUAGCGACAGUAGCAUUUGCCGGCUACCUCGUCUACGAACAGCUCUUUAUGCCCUCGGCACAUCACCAUGAGGAGGGACAUGGCGACGGACAUCAUUGA